AUGUCUAUUAGAGCGUUGAGCCCUGAAUUAGCUGAGAAAGCUUUAAAUGAAUUGAACGAGGAUCCAAAGAGGACGCCCAGUGACAUCCAACACAUUAAGGAAUGGUUAUCGAAGCAGCCACAUUUAAGAGCAAGAACAGACGACCAAUGGCUGUUACAAUUCUUACGUGGAUGCAAGUUCAGUUUGGAGAGAACUAAGGAAAAGAUUGAUCUAUACUACUCAAUGCGGACUUUGAUUCCUGAAUUUUUCAGUAUACGCCCGACAGAUCAGAUUUUUAAAGAGAUUAUUGGGCUUGGGUCAUAUUUAAUUCUACCCAAGUCUAAAGCUUUUGAUGGAACUCACGUAACCAUCAUUCGACCUGGGUCCUACGAUGCUAAUAAAUACAAUAUAAUUGAGGUCUUGGCGGUGUCAUCUAUUCUAGAAAAGAUAGCAUUAGCCGAAGAUGACGACUCUGUAAUCUGUGGAAGACGUACUAUAAUCGAUUUGAAGGGCGUAACAAUGGGACAUUUCACCCAAAUGACGCCUGUUACUAUGAAGAAAAUGGUGGCAAUUGGACAGGAUGCAGCCCCACUCAGAUUUAAAGGUGCACAUUAUAUAAAUUUACCAGGUGGUUUUGAUGUGGUAUUCAAUGCCAUUAGGAGCCUAUUGAAUGAGAAGAAUAAAAGCAGGCUCAUUAUUCACAAUGAAAAUUAUGAAGAAAUGUACAAAUACAUUCCUCAAGAUAUUUUACCAGCAGAAUACGGCGGCACCGCUGGUACUAUUAGUGACAUUUCAGGAUAUUGGAUGAAAAAGGUGGAGGAAUAUAGUUCAUGGCUGGAAGAAGAUACGAAGUAUGGAACGGAUGAGGCCAAGAGGCCGGGAAAACCUAAUUCAGCUGCAGACAUGUUUGGAGUUGAUGGAUCUUUCAGAAAGUUAGACUUAGAUUAG